CCGGCCAGUUCGCUGCGGCAGCCAUGCGGGGUGCGCGCCAAGUCCUCCGAGGAGCACUCUUCCUCGCCGCGAUGCUGGCGACGGCUCGGGCGGCGCGGGCUCGGGCCGCUCGCCCUCGCUUCCGCUCGCCCACUCUGCAGCCCAUCAAGAGCGGCAUCGACGCCAUGUCCGCCGCCCUCUGGGGGCGCCAGAACUCCUGCCAGAAGAACGCGGCGUCCUCGGAGGAGAAGCUGGCCCGCAUCAAGUACGUGGUCGACAGCCAGUGGGAGAUGCUGGGGAAGGCGGACGAGAAGGUGAAGGCCCUGGAGGAGAAGAUGGAGGAGCUGAUCGCCAUCAAGCAGGACUACGCUGAAGCCACGCCGGAUCCAGAAGAGUGCAGCUAUCCCUUCAAGAUGGAGGCGCACGGGUGUUUCUGGCUGCACAAGAACCCCGGCCUCCCCUGGGAGGCGGCGCGGAGGCGGUGCCAGCAGUCGGGCUCGGACCUCGCGACGCCCUCCAGCCUGGCGCAGAUGCGAGAGUUCCUCCUGCGGGAAAUUGGGCGAGAGUGGUGGUACGUGUGGAUCGGGGGACAGAUGACAGGCUACAGGACGUGGGUGUACGUGAACGGGCGCGAGGGCGCCGCCAACCCCGAGGACUGGCACGACACCCUCAACCCGGGGUCCUUGCACGGCGCUCAACGGGGGACGAGACUACAAGAUGAUGGCGUGGCACUGCGAGGACGCGAAUUGGUUCCUCUGUCAGAAAUUUUAGGAGACGGGGAUAAGGGAACAGCCCUACGGUCCUA